UCAUGACGACCACACAGCAAACGUGACGUCAGCGGUGGUGACAGGUGACGCAGCGGUGGUGUCACGCGCCAGUCCCUAGCGUCCUGCUCUAAAGAUGGAGGAGGAGGAGGAGGCAGGGGACCCGCAAACAGCGCACGGAGAAGGGGACGGGGGCAAGACAUGGCAGCGCGAGAGAGGAGGAGAGCUCGAAGAAAACGGGGAGGAGACAUCGGAGGAGGGAGGCCGGCAGCGGCAGCAGCCUGUGCACAGACCGUCAGUGCUGGACAUGCAGUUAGCCUUGGCUUGCCUGUGUGAGAAUGACCAUGAAGAUCAACCUUCAGAUGCUGAUACAUCUCUGCUAGAGAAUAUCAAGGAGCAUCCCAAGGAAGGUUCUUUUUUAGGUGAUGCCAGAAUCCAUUCUACAGGCAAAAUUGUUAAUGAACUUUUUAAGGGUGCAAAGGAGCAUGGAGCUAUACCCGCAGAAGAAGCCAGUAAAGCCUAUGAAGAUUUUGUUAGACCGAAAUCAUUUACAGGCGGGGGCUACAAAUUGGGUGAUUCAUCUAAGAUGCCAUCUAAAUAUAUAUUUGACGAUGAACUGUUUGAAAGGCGACAAGAUGUUCAGGUGUUGCUUAAGCUGUGGAGAAAUGGAUUUAGUUUAGACGACGGAGAACUGAGAUCUUAUACUGACCCAGUAAAUGCCCAGUUUCUGGAAUCUGUAAAAAGAGGAGAAAUUCCUGUGGAGCUAAAACGAAUGGUUCAUGGAUGUCAGAUAAGUUUAGACAUGGAGGAUCACCAGGACCAAGAAUAUGUUAAACCCAGGCUAAAGUUCAAGGCUUUUAGCGGUGAAGGUCAAAAGCUUGGAAGCCUCACUCCUGAAAUAAUAAGUACACCUUCAUCUCCUGAAGAAGAGAACAAGACUUUUCUAAAUAGAGAUGUUGAAUUGGAUGAACAUGAGCCAACCACAAAAAUUCAGAUCAGACUUGCUGAUGGAAGCCGUUUGGUCCAAAGAUUUAACCUCAGCCACAGAAUCAUGGAUGUCCGUCAGUUUAUUAUGCAGUCUAGACCAGAUGUUGCUCAGACUGACUUUACUUUGGUAACUACGUUUCCAAGCACAGAACUGUCAGAUGAAAGCCAGACAUUGGAAGAGGCUCAUGUUCUUAACGCUGUGAUUCUUCAACGUCUCAAGUGAUUUUACUCGUGCAAGAGCUUCUACAAAAUGUGAAACAUCACUGACUACUUCCAACCUCCAGGAUUUACUGGUAUAAACCAACGUUACUGUUAACAUAUGUUUUUGAUAGUUCUAGAAAAGUUGUCAGCGUUAGCCUAUGAUUGCACAGAAGAUCGAGAUCUUAAUCUUUUUAAUGGCACAUAGGACUGCUGUUACCUCCUCUCACCUUGAAAUGUGCUUUGAAAUGUAAAUGUUUAAAUAUGGAUUUUUAUUUAGAAUUUUUUUUUUUAACUUUUAAGUGUUCACUGAUAGCAUGGAGUAUUUAUUUUUUUCUGAAUUAUUACCUCACAGGAGGAAAGCAGUUCGAUAACUAAACACUCUUUA